AUGGAGGAAGGUUUAGGUCUUUACCCACUUCAUCGUUGCAAAACCAUUCACCUGGUAAGACAUGCUCAAGGUAUACAUAAUGUGGCUGGAGAAAAAGACCAUAGUGCUUAUUCUUCUGAGGACUAUUUUGAUGCUCAUCUCACACCUCUUGGUUGGCAACAGGUGAAGAAUUUACGCAACCAUGUUUUAGCCACUCAACUCCCAAACAAAAUUGAACUUGUCAUUGUUUCCCCUUUGCUUAGAACUUUGCAGACGGCUGUUGGUGCUUUUGGAGGUGAGGAAGAUACCAACGGAGUCGAUGCAGCGCCGCUAAUGGUGGCUAACGCGGGGAACAGCGAUCACCCUGCGAUUUCAAGCUUAAAGAGUCCGCCUUUCCUUGCUGUUGAGCUAUGCAGAGAAACUAUGAAUGAUCAUCCUUGUGACCGGCGAAGAAGCGUCACAGAGUACAAAGCUCUGUUUCCCGCAAUCGAUUUCUCAGCUAUUGAAAGUGAUGAGGAUGUUUUGUGGAAGCCGAGUCCAAGAGAGACCCCGGAAGAAGUUGCAGCCAGAGGUGUAGAGUUCAUCAAAUGGCUAUGGACGAGGAAAGAGAAAGAGAUCGCGGUUGUAUCUCAUAGUGGCUUCUUGCAUGGCACCUUAAGCUCUUUCGGAAAGGAUUGUCACCAUGACAUAAAGAAAGAGUUGUCUACACACUUUACCAACUGCGAGCUUCGAUCAGUGGUCAUUGUGGAUCAAGGAAAGCUGGGGACUGAUUCUGCAGAGACCACAAACUAUCCAGGGAAGGUUCCUCAAUGA